AUGCAAUUCAAGAUCGCCUCCGUCCUCGCUCUUGCAGCCUCCGUCUCUGCCUUCAGCAAUGUCACCUACACCACCGAGGUCGUCACUGCUUUGACCACCGUCUGCCCCGAGGCCACUCAGUUGACCUACAACGGCCAGACCUACACCAUCACUGAGUCCACCACUCUGACCAUCACCAACUGCCCCUGCACCAUCAGCAAGCCAGUCUACACCACCAGCUCAGUGUACUGCAACACCUGCGCUGUCCCAACCUCUGCCCCUGCUGCCCCUGUCUACGUUAACAGCACCACCCCCGCUGUUCCCGCUGCCCCAUCCACCUCCGCCCCUGCUGGAACCAUCAGCGCCACCGUCAAGCCCUCCCCCUCCGCCUCCGCCUCCAUCGUCCCAGCUUCCGGUGCCAACAAGGUCGCCAUGUCCGGUGCUGGCCUUGCUGGUCUCCUCGGUCUCGCUGCUUUCCUCCUCUAAGCGGAUCACCUCCUGUCGCGAAUCCGAUAAGUCACGAACGUACGAUUUCUCCCUUUGCAG